UGGAGCACUUGUGUGCCUUGAAUGAAAGAUCUCGCCCAGACGGGCUUUGGAUGAGCGACGGAGGAUUGGAUUAGGGCAAAGGAAUGGCGAGCGUCCUUGGCAGCAUUGCCUCCGCGUCGCCAGCGCCAUCGUCGGCGGCAGCGUCCAAGCUCGGGAGCGCCGGCGUCUUCAGCAAGAGUGUGAGUUUCCCGCUGCUAGGGCCGCCAAUCGUAAUCCUCCGGCAUUCUUCCUCCGCGGCCCCUGCCCCGGCCAAGAUCGUUUGCCUGGGCAAUGGCGCCGGUAGCAGGCCCCUCGUGGCUAGCUUGUCCGGGUUUACUGUCACCAGCGACAGUCCAUCAUUCUCGGCAGGGAAUGCCAGCGCGAGCGAGGAGCUCGCUAUUGCGAGCUUGGGCAUCGACAGCAGGAUUGUGGACGCCCUUGCCAAGAGGGGCAUUGUGAAUUUGUUUCCUAUCCAGAGAGCUGUCUUUCAACCGGCAAUGCAAGGACUCGAUCUCAUCGCUCGAGCAAAGACAGGAACUGGCAAGACGCUGGCCUUUGGGAUUCCAAUCCUGGAUAACAUAUCGAGGGAAAAGAGUAGUAUGCAAUUCAGACCAGCGGGAACUCCACGAGCAAUCAUUCUGGCACCAACUAGGGAGCUCGCGAAACAAGUUGAGAACGAGCUUGUGCUCGCAGCUCCACACUUAUCUGUGGUUUGCAUCUAUGGUGGUGUUAGUAUCGAAGGCCAACGAAGGCAACUAGCAUCCAGUGUUGAAGUGGUGGUGGGAACUCCCGGCCGAGUCAUCGACAUGCUUGAGAGGGGCGACUUGAGACUGAACGAAGUGAAGUUUGCGAUCCUGGAUGAAGCGGAUCAGAUGCUUGCUGUUGGUUUUGCCGAGGAGGUCGAGAGAAUCAUGCAAAAGUUGCCGCUUCAGCGUCACACCAUGCUUUUCUCCGCGACAAUGCCGAGCUGGAUAAGGAACUUAACAAGCAAGUAUCUUAAGAAUCCAACAAUGAUAGACCUGGUCGGUGAAAAUGAGGAUAAAGUUGCUGAAGGAAUCAAGCUCUAUGCAGUUUCUACAAAUGACCUCGCAAAAAACAAACUUCUGGCCGAUCUUCUCACGGUCUAUGCGAAAGGAGGCAAAGCCAUAGUAUUCACGAAGACGAAGAGAGAUACGGACGAUGUUGCUGCUGUGAUGAGCCGUUCCAUUGGUUGUGAAGCCUUGCAUGGGGAUAUUUCUCAGUACCAAAGAGAGAAGACCCUGAGUGGGUUCCGUGACGGGAGAUUCAACGUUCUAGUCGCAACGGAUGUUGCAGCUCGGGGGCUUGACAUUCCAAAUGUGGAUCUCAUUGUGCAUUACGAGGUUCCCGGAGAUUCGGAAACUUUCGUUCAUCGAUCCGGAAGAACAGGCCGAGCGGGCAAGAAGGGGACCUGUAUACUUAUGUAUACUCUUAAUCAAAAGAGGGUCCUACGCACGAUUGAAAGCGAAGUUGGCUGCAAAUUUGAAGCUAUAGGCCCGCCUGCGGCUGAGGAUGUACUUGCCAGUUCUUCUGAUCAUGCGUCGGAGUCGAUCAAAAGCGUGCACCCGGAUCUCGCAAAGCUCUUUCUGCCUGCUGCGCAAAAACUACUGGAAGAGCAGGGCGUUAACGCUCUUGCAGCAGCUAUGGCCCAUGUUAGCGGUGUUACUCAACUCCCUCCCAAACGAUCUCUCUUGACAUACGAGGAGGGAUACAUGACUUUGCAGCUGACCGGUGGAAAUUUGAUUGACUCAAGUGCGGUCUCGUCAGCUGUAAUGCAACUUAGCUCCAAAGCAGGAAUGAGCAUGGGAAGAGUUACAAUGCUUUCGAGUUCGACGGCCACCGGAGGGGUGUUCGAUCUUCCAGAAGAUCUUGCCAAGGAGAUUCUUGCACUUCAAAAUGUCGGAAGCAAUGUUCUCACUGCUGUAAAAGUUCUUCCCGAUUUACAAGAAGACUACUUCCAGUCAUCAUUCAGUCGAGGAAGGAGCUUCGGUGGAGGAUUUAGGAGUGGCGGAUCCUCGUACGGCGGCGGUUCAUCUUAUGGCAACAGGGGUGGCUCGUCCUUUGGAGGUUCUUCAUAUGGAGGAAGUCGCACUGGUUCCGGUUAUGGUUCCUCAUACAACAGUGGAGGUGGUUAUGGUAGAAGUGAAGGCUCGAGCUAUGGGGGGUCAUCCUAUAACAGUGGAUCCGGAUCCUCGUAUGGCAACAGGUCAGGAAACUAUAGCUCUCCAAGCUAUGGUGGAAACAACGGUUCCACUUUCGGUAACUCUUCAAACUACGGUGGAUCUGGAUCGUGGUCCAACUCCAACAGCAGGGACGCUGGCUACGGUUCCAACAGCAGGGAUGCUGGCUACGCCACUGGCUCUUCCACUGGCUUUGGUGGAAAUGCUGGUUCCUCCACAGGCUACGGCGGGACUGGCUACGGUGGAACCUCCGGUUCAUCCACUGGAUACAAUGGAGCGGGCUUUGGUGCAAGUUCUGGUUCCUCCACUGGCUAUGGUGGAACGUCCUCAUCUACUGGAUAUGGUGGAACGUCUCCAUCCACUGGAUACGGUGGAACGUCUUCUAGUGGUUUCGGAGGGAACUCGUCGACUGGAUUUGGAGGAAAUUCGUCGAGUGGCUUUGGAGAAACAUCAUUUGGCGGAGCUCGAGGCUACAAUGCCAACCCGACGACUCCCAACGCAGGGACUGACUAUGGCUGGAGGAAAGGUGCCGGGAGCUCGGGAGGAUCAACCGGUGCCACAACUCCUUCAUACGGUUCCUCAACCGGAGGAGGAUAUGGUGCUCCAUCUCAACCUGGCUAUGGUGCGUCGGCUGGGAACACUGGCUAUGGAACUUCCGGCAACUACGGUUAUGGCAAUUCUCCUUCGGCUGCUGGGACUAACUACGGCUAUGGCAACUCUGCCUCCACCAACAAUGCUAGUGGCGGCUACGGUGGAAAUCCCGGCAAUGGGUAUGGUUCAAGCACACCAAACACAGGAACAGGAUUUUCAUCUGGGGGUGUUGGCUAUGGAGGCUCUCAAAGCUCGUAUGGAUCCAGUCAAGCUCCUUCCUCGUAUGGCUAUGGUGGCAACUCGUCCCAAGGUGGCGGCUAUGGCUCCAGCGGCUAUGGAGCGGCUUCUCAAAACUCUCCCGGGUAUGGCCGCGAUUAUAACGCGCCUGACCAGAAUUCUUCUCGUGGCUAUGAAGCUGGAAACUCGACUCCAAACGAUCAAGGUGAUCGUCAAAGGAGCUGAAAAAAUGAAAACUACAAAAAUAUUUUGUGUUAAUUAAUAAGUAAGAUUAAUUAACAUGAGAUUAUCAACAAGAGACUUGGAAGAGUAAUGCCGUCUGAGGCGACGAAUUCGGCGGCCUCUCGCACAUUUUUGCUGCUUCAUCCAGGGAAUGAGCUGAGUUUUCUUAUGGAGAGGAUGUGUGGAAUGCUCGUUUUCGAGAUGCAUUGCGCACUCCACGUGAGACAAAGCACCAAGAGCUCACUUCCCCAGAGUUCAAAACACUAUUGUGUCAUCUGCA